UGGCGCUGCAGCCCGGCAGUGGAGGAGCUGCGCACUGAGAUUGCAGCGGCCCCGUUGACCUUACGGAGCAGGAAACUCCGACUUAGCCCCUUCACUACCAUCACUGGAUCUCUCACCCAAUUCUCCAGACGGCACCCAGGUCGUGGAUGUGAACAUUCAUUGAUGAAUGAAUGAACAUUUCAGCAAUGAUGGCCGACCAGCCUCCCCCCUUGGAAGCCACACCUUUACUGAAUGAAGUAUCUCUCCUACCUCCCAUGGUUAAUGGGGACAGCACACAACAGCCUCUUUACUUGCAGGUCAUAUUGGUGCAGGUGAAUCCAGGCGAAACCUUCACAAUCCGCACAGAAGAUGGACAGAUUCAAUGUAUCCAAGGCCCUGCACAUGUCCCCAUGAUGUCACCAAAUGGUUCGAUGCCUCCUAUUUUUGUGCCGCCUGGCUACGUGUCUCAGGUCGUGGAAGAAAAUGGAGUCCGCAAAGUAUUGGUUCUGCCGCAUUCCGCAGAUUACCAUCAAGCAAUACACCCUCAGCUUUCGCACCUCGCACAUUAUAUGCAUCCUCACCCUGCCCUUCUCCCCCACCCUGGUCAUCCUGUCUACUCCCAAGUCCCUGGAACAGGAGAAAUGCCACCCCAAUUUAUGCACCAGCAUCCUCCUCCCCCACCACAUAUUUUCCAAGAACAAGAGCCACGUUCUCAUGGACGGACAAACUUCAUACAGCGAGAUGAGCGAACCAUGAAAGUGCCCGAUCCAGUUCGGAAGAGAUUAAAAGACAGACAAAUCGGAGGGCACAACAAUAACAAGUUAAACAGCCCACCUUCCUCUCCGCACAAAGCUCAACUUGCUGCCAAUGCACAUAUCCAGAAUGGAUACUCCAAGGGACAGCAUUUGACAGGGGGACUUGUUAAAAUGAAACAAGCAACAAAGACUCGAGGCAGCCCAUCUGCUGACAGCGAAACUGAUAGUGAAGCGGAACCGAAAAAGCUACAGGACCUGAUCUCCAGCAUGGGGAAGCCUGCUGUGUCUGUAUUGGAGGCCAGAUCUGCUGUGUUGACGUGGAGCUUACAGAUAAGUUCCCAUAACCCAGAGAACCCCACAAGUAUCGUACCAGCUGCAUUAGUGUACGAGGUGACUGUGUCCAAUGGUGGCAAAAAUGGAAACUUCAAACAAGUGUACACAGGUGAAGCUACAACAUGUACGCUAACUGACCUACGGCCAGCAACCGACUACCAUGUCAGAGUUUCUGCCACGUGCCCACCCCUAGAGGGAUCCAUUAGUGAACUAGUGAGUUUUACUACACAAAGCUGUGAGCCUGACACUCCAGGCCCACCAAGACUCUCUAACCGAAGCCGGACUUGUCUGACCUUACAGUGGAAGGCUCCUAGUGACAAUGGUUCAAAAAUUAAUGGCUUCCUGUUGGAAUGGGAUGAGGGGAAACAUGGGCCUUUCAAAGAGUGUUACUCUGGAUAUCUCAAACAAUACAAGCUUAACAAGUUGUUCCCAUCCACAAAGUACACAUUCAGAAUAGCUGCCAAAAAUGACAUGGGAGUAAGUGGAUUUAGUGAAGCAGUUCCUUACUAUACUUCCGGAAGCGUUCCCUCCACACCAUUGCCCCCCAGACUUGUGCAAUCUGGUAUUACUUGGCUGACAUUGGAAUGGAGCCCACCCAAUGAUAAUUCACCAGACGAGGCCCUAACAUACAGCUUAGAAAUGGAAGAGGAAGGCUCUGGUUAUGGUUUUAAACCAAAACAUAAUGGGGAAGAACUUUCAUGCACUUUAAAGAACUUGAGGAGGAACACGUCUUACAAGUUUAGGGUUUUUGCAUUUAACAGCGAAGGCCGAAGUAACCCCAGUAAUAUUGUAGAAUACUCAACCUCUCCCGAUAAGCCUGGUCCUCCCAGUAAGCCGAGUAUAAAGGGAAAAAUUCAUGUUCACAGUGUAAAGGUUACGUGGGAUGCCCCAAAAGACAAUGGAGGGGCAGAAGUAUCUAAAUACUUUCUUGAAAUCUUAGAAACUUCAAAUGGUAAUAGGUGGGACAUGAUAUACAGUGGAUCUUCGAAGGAGCACGUAUGUGAUCAUCUCAAGCCCGGUACUUCCUAUAGAUUAAGAGUGUACUGCAGCAACGUGGUUGGCUCAAGUCAGGUUUCUGAUGUGCUAACAGUCCAAACAGGUAUUGUACCACCGGGGCCUUGUCAUCCCCCACGUCUAGCUGGAAAGGCCAAGCCUAAAGAAUUAAACCUGCAGUGGGCUUCUCCUGCUUCCGAUGGUGGCUCAGCGGUAACAUGUUACACUGUUGAGAUGUCAAAGCCUGAACAAGAAGAUCGGGGACAAGUCUACCAAGGUCCUGAGCUAGAAUGCACAGUGAGCAACCUUUUGCCUGGGCAGACCUACAGCUUCUGGGUCAGAGCUGCCAAUAAAGCGGGGUGCGGACCUUUUUCAGAAAAAUCAGAAUUCUGCACAGCUCCUGGGCCACCUGAACGAUGCAAAAUGCCCUUAUUGAUCUGUAAGACGGCAAACUGCGUACUAGCUAGCUGGGAGGUUCCUUUAUGUAACGGUUCAGAAGUCACCGAAUACAGGUUAGAAUGGGGAAGGAUGGAUGGAUGCAUGCAGAUAGUUUAUGACGGCUCAUGUUCGAGCUAUGAAAUCAAAGGCCUUACACCUGCAACUACAUAUUACUGCAGAGUCCAGGCUGUUAAUACAGCUGGAACCGGACUAUUUGGAGAUACUGCCGUGGUGACCACUCCAGCGUCUGUUCCAGCUGCUGUAUCAAUUUUACAAGUGGUCGAUGAAGAACUUUUAGAAGCCUCUCUUCCUUCACCAUCCGAGUGCCUUGCGAUUGCCUGGAAAGAGCCAUGUUGCAAUGGGUCCGAUAUAAUUGGUUAUAACAUAGAAUAUGGGGAUAAGCAGCAGCUAACCGUAGACUGUGUUACAAGCUGUGUUUUACAGAACCUAAUCCCUGAUCGCACCUACAGGAUACGGAUCCAGGCCAUAAACAGUUUUGGAGCAGGUCCUUUUAGCCCGUCUAUUAAAGCCAAAACCAAACCACCACCUCCCAACCCUCCCCCUCUGGAAUGUGUAGUUUUCAGCCACCAAAGCCUUAAGUUGAAAUGGGGUGACGGAUCGAGCAAAGCUUUAGCAACUGAAACUUCACAGUUCAAUUUACAAAUGGAGGAUAAGCUCAGCAGGUUUUUUACAAUCUACAACGGUCCAUGCCACACGUAUAAGGUUCAAAGAUUAAAUGAAUCAACUACAUAUAACUUCAGAAUCCAAGCCUACAAUGAUGCAGGAGAGGGGCCGUUUUCUGACGUUUACAACUUUACUACAACCAAAUCUCCACCAGCGGCAUUAAAAGCACCUAAAGUACAACAGACUGAACCUUAUAUGUGUGAAGUUACCUGGGAGGCUUUGCAGCCCAUGCGAGGAGAUCCCAUUGUUUACAUCCUUCAACUUACCAACGGGAGAGAGAUCGAUCAGGUAUACAAAGGGCCAGACACCUCAUUCAGUUUUACAAACUUUCAAACAAACUGUGAAUACCGGUUUCGAGUUUGCGCUGGACGACAAUACCAAGAUUCUACAGGAUUGCAGGAAUUAUAUGGACCUUACAGUCCAAGCACCACAUUCUCAUCUCAAAGACAAGAAUUGGUCCUACAGUGUCCAAACACUACCACGGAAUCCACAAAGGCCAAGAGGAAGCCCCUAAGUGAUGAGCAAUUUGCCAUUUUGCUACUGAUGAUGUUUGCAGUAGUGGCUUUCCUGUUUGCCGUUGUUAUUCAGUACUUUGUAAUCAAGUAGAUUUUAGUUGUCUGUUUCUAAAACAACCUGUGCUUUUUUUCCUUUUUUUUUUCUUUCAAUAUUUAUGUUUAAUUAUUCUAAUUAAACUUAUAGGUGGAAAUGAUUGUAUUAUAUAUAAGUGCAUUUCCAUUCUUGCUGCUCACUCAUUGAGAGGCUGGAUCGACUGAAUCCUUCCUACAUGCAAAAACAUAAAGCAUCAUGAAAUUCUUAGAAAGGGAAUUAAAAUCCUAUGUUCUAGAACCGUGGUGUGAAAUGCCUUAAUAGACUCUUAAAUGUCAAGACAGCGUUGUUCGUUUAUAUAGAACCUCUGCUUUUAAAGCACGUCCUUGUUAAAUGUUCAGCUUUUGCAAGUGGUAGUUGACAAAAGGAAUAGUUUGUUCAAAA